GGCAAAUGUCCCAUGGUUUAGAAUUUUAAUUGCUCUCUGUAGAAUCCCUGUGUGCCUUUAAAUCUGCAAAUUAGGUUACAAGCCUAGAAAAAACACUCAUGAAGUUUCCAAAAGAUGGAAUUUCAUGCAGGAAUAUUACAAUGAGUAAGGACCAACUACACUGCAAAAUCCUGACUGCAGAGAGAUUAUAAAUUUAAGACAUAGGGGGGAAUAGAAUUUCAGACUUUUAAAAAAUAAAAGCAAAGAAGCUACUACUGUGAUGUCACACACCCACAGCUCCUGGUCAGGAAUCUGAGACUAACCUGAUGAAGCUUUAGGAACUACAUGAAAAGUCCCUGUGCUGGGGCUUACAAACCACCCAUGUCUUAUCACCGUUACAUCUGUGAACACAUGAUAAACACCCAAACCUUCAGGCUUGAGGUUAGCAGAAAGGAGUGAAACCUGCACUACCUUCUGGUCUGCUUGAUAUCAGUCAACCAUUCCCAUCAGCUCUCCGAUGUGGACAGGUCAAGCAAUUCUGACCACUUUCUCUCCACAAAAACAUAUUCUGACUCAUAAUAACCCAUGCUAUAACAAUACAUGCUACCAGCCACGUUACCAUGCAUAAUCCAGCUCUUUCAUAGCCACCUUCCUCCCCAUCAAUCCCCACUCCAUCUUGCACAGCACUGCAUGCCCAAGGAGCAGCUCCCAGCUGCAGGACACAGGUAGAGUAUGAAGCAGGCACUGCCCUCAGCAUGCCUCCCACCCCACCACCACCUCCUUCUUGAGAAACAGGAAAAGCGGUCUCUCUGGGCUGUUCCGUGAACACUCACAUUUUUCUGACACGCCUCUUUUAGGUAACUUCCACAUUAUUUGAAUGCUGAUUUUAACUGCGUCAAUCAGCACAUUUAGAAACCACAGGCACAUCUUAAAAAACACCAGACACAGCCAGAGGAAAAGAUUAACACUGUACUGGACUGCAAGAGCAGUCUCCAAGUGACAUCAGACCUUUGCAGGCUAAUGCUCAGAAGACCCCAGAGACUGCUAAGACAGGUUCUUGAGAUCCUCUAGCAGCAAAACCAACUCGCACAAGUUUACAAUGUCAAGCAAUGUUUCACAAUGCCACGUUGUUGAAGAAAUGGAACCUUUUACCUAUUUUUACUACUUGAUUUUUCUCAUGGGAUUUAUUGGAAGCUGUUUUGCACUAUGGGCAUUCACACAAAGAGAUCAGAAACAGAAGUGUAUGAGCAUCUACUUAAUUAACCUCUUAACAGCAGAUUUUUUGUUGACUUUGGCACUGCCAGUAAAGAUUAUUGUUGACCUAGGAGUUGCGUCCUGGAAACUGAGAAUAUUCCACUGUCAAGUUACAGCAUGUUUCAUCUACCUGAACAUGUAUUUAUCUAUUAUAUUUCUGGGAUUUGUAAGCAUGGACCGUUGUCUUCAGCUAAUGCACAGUUGUAAGACAUACCGCAUUCAGGAGCCUGGAUUUGCCAAGAUGUUGUCUGCAGUCAUAUGGACAAUGGUUCUCCUUAUAACAGUACCUAACAUGGCUAUUCCAAUAAAAACCAUUGAAGAACAACCUGGUGCAGGAUGCAUUGAUUUUAAAACAAAAUUUGGAAGAGACUGGCACGUGUUUACUAAUUUCAUAUGCACAGCAAUAUUCCUGAAUUUUUCAGCUGUGAUACUGAUUUCCAAUUUCCUUGUUGUUCGACAGCUCUACCAGAACAAAUACAGUGAGAGUUAUGCAAACGUGAAGAAAGCCCUCAUAAACAUACUCCUGGUAACUGCAAGCUACCUGCUAUGUUUUGUGCCAUACCACAUUGUUCGUAUCCCCUAUACUUUGAGCCAAAGUGAUACCAAUACCAGCUGCUCUCUGAAACAAGCUCUCUUUAAAGCUAAAGAAUCUACCUUGCUGUUUGCCAUAUCACACCUCUGUUUUGACCCUAUUCUGUAUUACCAUCUUUCCAAAUCGUUCAGACUGAAAUUCACUGAAACUUUUGGCACAACUAAAGAGACACAGGUUUUCACAGACAAAGAGGUACAACACAGAAGUGAGCAGCAGAUGCAAAAGUACCAAUUUUAAAAUACAUCAGAGGAGUGUUCAGAUCUACAGUACAAACAGCCGAGGUGCAAUUGCAAGCAUGGUUACCAUGGGAAAUGACUUUCCUGCUGAAACAUGAGCCCAAGCAGAAGGAAAAAACUUGAACCAUACCUACCACUUUGUUAUACAUUCACACAGCAGGUCUGGACUAACAGAACCUUAAUAAAGCCCUUCAGAAACAGUUCAAAAUGCCAGUGAUGCCCUUCCAGGGAUCAGCAACACUUAAGAACGCAAGAAAUCAGACAAAUUCAAACGUACCUUGUAAUUAUUUGUGGUAAACACCUGAGCUCACCUUUUCUAAGUUAAGUAUUGUAUAGUUACUAUAUUAACCAACUUGGUGCAAUCGAAUGAAGAAAGUAAUUUAAAGCAGUUCUUCAGCUGCAAAGUUUUCAUAUAUACACUUAACCCAAAAGCAUUUUAAAGGGCAUUAUUUACUCCAGAAAGUGAUUUUAAGCUGCAUUGACUGAAAGUUGUUGUAUCUGCUUAUGUCAUACCUGCAGUUUUUAUAAAUAAAUUUCUUAUUGCCAAGUU